GAACUUCCUGCCAACAUGGCGGCGGUAACUUGAGGAAUUUCUCAUUUUUCUCGUCCGAAUUUUCGUUUUUCUUCUCUUAUUUGAAUCGGGUGGCGGAAUCUUCCUAUCAGAAUAGUUAGAAUGGCUGCUCACGAAGAUCUGUUCCAGCUUUGGAUGCUGUUUACGUGCAAGAAUGAUGACCGGUUCUUCCGACAGUACAUAGACGCCUUUGUGGCACAAUAUGGUGAUCUCAUAGACUUGGAAUUCAAGCAACCAAAAGAAGGGGUGCAGGCAUCUGGGCCGCACCUGACACGGCUGCCUGACAGCCUGCUCCAGGUGCUGUCCCGACAGCUGCUGCAGGCCAGGGACACCUGUACCCAGCAGGUUACCGCCGAAACAGUGCAGUAUGCAGAAACGCUUACCAAGUGUCUCAUCAUCAUUUGUAGGAACCAUGACAAUGUAGAUCUGGUGGCCUCCUGUUCUUAUGUAGGCUACAUCAUCACUAUUGCUGCAGAACUGGUACAAGAGUUUACACAGAGGAACAUUGCCCAGAGUGGUGAGAUUGCCUGUUUUGAGACAUUUCUCCACCAUGCCAUCCACUUCUGUGAGUGCCUGUAUGACCCCUACCACAACUGGAGACAUGAGUUACUAGGAAUGAAAGUUGAUAUUUCUAGGCAGAAGUUUAGACCAGCUCUUCUUAAUGUAGAAGUCAUUCCAUUUUUCUAUGACUGCUUGCAUAGAUACGAGUCUUGCCUGAGCAUUGAGAUCAAGUCUCGACUGCUGCAUAUGUUUGGUGCCAUUAUGGCUGGGUCACAGAAUUUGAUUUGGCAAGCUUAUUUUACAGGCAAGCUGGAGAACAAUGCCUUGCUGGCAGUGUCCCCUGCAUCCCUGGAAGUCUUGUUCACCAUCCUGUCGUCAGGCAGCCCCGCCUGGCAACCAGAGGGCGACGACCUGGAGUUCACUGACCUGGCCUUGAAGUGCCUGGUGAAGAUGGUGCACACUGUCCAUGCCUCAAGUCCUGAGCAGAGACAAGUUGAAGUGAGUUCCAUUCUUGAAGGCUUCUUGCAACUCCUUAACAAAGGCUUACAGGCCUUCCCUGGUAAACACACAGGAAUGUCCCAGUGGUUGAGAUCACAAACAGAAGACAAGCCAGCAGCUGGGAAGACAGAAAAAGAAGUGGAACUUCAGACCAAAAUGUUAGUUAUCAUCCCAGCGAUGUUGGAUUGUCGUGACAGGGCGGCUCUACAGGCCAUCUUCCUGGGGGCCAACUGUUUUGAAAACCUCAUGCUGCUGCUUAAAAAUGUUAAGGUCACCAAAGACACUGCCAGUGCUUUCCAAACUGCAUUUAUUGAGGCUGUGGCUGCAAUCUUGGCUGGAUCAUCUGCUGCAAAGGAAACCUUUAAGGAGUUUAUAGGGUAUGAUGAGCUACUGGAGCAUCUAAGAAAGUUUGGCCAGCCCACAGAGAAGCUACUGCACCAGUUUCUUGGCAUGAUGGUUGAAGGGGAGUUCAAACCUGGCACACCCCAGCACAUACACAACACCAAGGCUGCUGCACUCCUCAUCCAAUGGGUGCCUGAGCUCCAGUCACAUGACCUCCAAAUAUGGCUGACUGACAGUUUGAGGCAAGUCUGCUGCUCCAGUUUUGAGAACAAGGCCCACUGCUGCAGAGAUGGAGUCAUUUCAGGGAUACUGACUGUGUUAGCACAAGAAAGACGAGUUAACAAGGAGGCCAUAAUGCACCUGUUGAAGUUACUGGAAUGUCUGGGCAGUCAUUCCAUCGCACCCAUGGAAUUGAAACAUCUCAUCAUGCUCAUGAGGGACACUGUCAACGGGGAACAGAUGUCGUACACUCAAGAGGUAAUCCAGGCAAUGUGUACAAUGGCGAGGAAGGAGACCAACAGAGAAGCUCUGCACUACUUUGACCUACAGCACAGGACAAGUGGUAUCACGGUUCCCUGCAUCAACAAGUGGCCUGGUAGUGGGUUCUCCUUACAUGCUUGGGUACGCAUGGACAAUCCUGAUAACAGAGAAGGGAUGGAUCUGAGUGGGGGCAAGCAGAGGAGACAGUUGUACAGUUUCUGCACAGAGAACGGUACUGGAUUUGAGGGUUUCUUCACCAACGAAGGCAGCCUGGUGAUCGCUGUGUGCUACAAGAAGGACUAUCUGACUGCACAAGUGGAUAGGAUCUACUUCACCGACUCCAAUUGGCACUGUGUAGAUGUGGUCCAUGCAGGGUCUCGGCGACCUUUCACCCAGAGCCAGCUGUCUGUGUUUGUGGAUGGACAGCUCAGGAUCAACGCACAGCUCAAGUUCCCCUCCACUUCUGAGCCCUUCACUUGUUGCCGAAUUGGCUCUUCCACCCAGCGGACCAACUCCCAGCAGAAACCCUUGAGCUCCAGCACAGCUCCUUCCCGGGGUCCCUCCCUCCCCUUCUCCUUCCCGGCAUCCCUGGUGCCCUCCUCCCAAUCCCAGAACCCCUCAGUGUCCAGUAUAGAAGCAGGGAGCCAGGACAGUCUGUGGGGUUUCCCUACUUCCUUGCAGGGGCAGUUAGGGUCAGUGUGUGUGUUCUAUGACGCUUUGCAACCAUCACAAGUCAAAGGUCUCUUCAUGGCAGGUCCAAACAAUCUAGCGUUGUUUCAUCAUGAAGAUGCAGACAUAACUCAGCUGGCAGACAAACUAGUCCUGUACUAUACAGCAAAGGCGUGUAAAGACUAUGUUUGCAUUGACCUGUCUGGAAAUGGUCUGGAUGGCAGACUAACUGGACACCAGUGUACCACAUGGGACUUAAAGGCUUCCAUCAAGUGUAUAGGAGGGAUCCAGGUGCUGUUUCCAGUCUUGGAGCAGAUUAAAGCAGCAGCCAAUCAGCUGAGAGCAGUGUCUCAUGAGCCAGCCAAUGGGAGCACAGAUGCUGUAGGUGUCACCAUGGCAGAUGCCCAGGAUGUUGAUGAUUGGGUGAUGGUACCACAAAAAGUCACCUCAGAUGCCCAGUUGGAGCAGAACCCUGUGUCUGCAUUCCUGACCCUGCUGAGACUGAUGCUACAUGGACAGUUGCAUAACCAGGAGGAACUACUGCAGUCAGGAGGGGUGGCCACAGUCGGUGCACUGCUGCAAAAGGUUAAACCAGAGCUGAUAGAUGUACAUGUCCUAAUGGCUAUUCAGCUGUUUGUGGAGAUGGUGGCUUCCUCCUACCCAGACCUACUACAGGCCUGCUACAAAUACAUUCUGUUUGAGUUCAGAAUAUGGAGCAGGAGUGAAUUCCCUGUUAGAAUAGGCCACAUCCAAUAUCUGUCUACCAUUAUCAAGGACCAGAGGAAGUGGUUCAGGAAGAAAUAUGGAGUACGCUUCAUGCUGGACAUUUGCAGAACAUUCUAUGGGAGCUCAGUGGAGGGUUUGACAGAGGAUGAUGUAAAAACCAUCCGAGCCUCGCUCCUCGGGCUGGUGAAGUACUACGUGUCAAAGGGCAUCAACCAGGAGGAGAUGUCAGCCAUCGUCAGUUACAUCUGUGCACUGCAUGACGAGUGUCAGCUAUGUGAGGUACUGGACAUGCUAAUCUCCCUGCUGGAGGGCCCAGGCAGGGACCAGCUGUACCUCCUGCUGUAUGAACCCAAGGGAGCUGAGCUACUGUAUGCCCUGCUGGUACAGGAACAGUACACAGACACGGUCAGGAAGAGAGUUUGUAAGGUAUUUUCUCAGCUGCUGAAGUUUGACAAAGUGUAUGAGGCCAGUAAGCUCCGUCUGAGGCUGCUGAGACCGGAUUACGAGGCAUUUGCCGGGCUGACCAUGUACAUGAGAAAUGUGGUGCUGUCCAGUGACGUGACAAGAAGUCUGUUGGAUGUAGUGCUAGCAAAUGAGUCUGUUGGUGGAUACAACGCCAUGCUGUCCAUCUUCCAGCUGUUGCACAAGACAGAUACAACCAUCAAAUUGGAGGCUGCAAGAGAGCUUCUCCAAGUGCUGUACACGAGAGCCAGUGCCCCUUCGAUGUGUGCCAAGCAGAUAGGUUGGCAAGAGACUCUUGUCAAAUUUCUCAUAAAAGACACCCUCGCUGACCCCACCCCACAAACACGUCCCCUAACCCUUGACCUCGACCCCUCAUCCAAAACCUCCUCCGACUCCCCAACGAAAGAACUGGACUUCCUCCAACUUCCGGGGAACUCCAACGGAAACGGACUCCCCAUAACUCCCACUGGGUCCCCCUGGAGGGAGGAAAGCUUCUUGCCAGAAUCAUUUCCGAGUUCCCCGCUACCUUCGCCUGUAGAUGCAUUCCCCUCGUCCAUGAGUCACUUGUCUCUGAACGUAUCUUCGACGAAUUUAUCAUCAAGCACCAGUGGUAUCAGUAUAUCCGACAUGUCCAAUGUGACGGGAUAUACCGCCACGGAGGACGAUUCUAGCAACAACGGCACGGACAGACUCACCGACCAGUUUGACGAUAGCGAAAACGCAAGCAGGUCUGAGAGUCAGUUUUCGUUGGACUUGUUGGAGUCGCCGAACGUGGAGGGCUGGUCGACCGGCGGGAAUACGUCGUGCAAUCAGAGUACGGCGAGUUUUGCGGACAGUGGUGUUACGUCGAGUGACACUAGCCAAUGGACGAUAGGCGUUCCUUCAAGUCCUAGUAGGGUUAGUGUGGCAGACAGUGCCAACUCAGUUGUCCUGACAGAAGAUGAGAUGCAGGAGGAGUUGUGUGAUGUUGUCCUGAAUGCCAUCUUCUCCAUCCUGUGGAGAGGCAUGGACGGAUCGGACAACAAGGCUUGGAAGGAGAAAGCCCAAGUGUUCACAUGUCUGGACAAGUCUGCUGAGACCCAUGAGUUAGUCCACCCUCCGUAUGAACUGAAGAGACAACUACUGGAGCUGGGACUGCAGGCUUCUAUAUCAGACGUCAAGGAAGCUGGACCUGCCAGCUAUUCCUACCUAGAGAACGCCAUGGAGCUGAUGAAGCUGGUUCAGGACUUCCUCAUCAACCACAGUGAGAAGGGGGCAGACGCAUGGAGUGAGAAGAUGGUAGAAGGAGUGAUGGGUCUGUUGGACACCCUGGCUGUGUGGGAGCCCAUCCCUGGGGACAGUGAGUGGGAAGACAUGGCACAGAUCGGCAUCAGGCUUCUGCUGGGGUUUGCAGGGCAAGACAAUAACGACGUCUGUGCCACAGCCUCAGCCAAGCUGCACACACUGCUACAUUCCCGCCCUCUGCACUCCACUGAGGAAGCCUGCUACAUCCUGGGCUCUCUGGACCAGGCCAUGAUCAAGUCUAUAGAAAACCACAGUGAUGCGUACUCGUUCCUGAUCCCGCUGGUGCGCGCCCUGCUGGACAAGUGUUACCAGGAGCUGGGCAUGCAGCAGUACCUCCCACACCUCCCCGCCAGGGAGAACAGCCCCAGCUUCUUCGAGGACUUCCAGCAAUAUUCUCAGUCUAAGGAGUGGAGGAGCUUCAUAGGAAAACAGGUGUUACCCAGAAUGCAGCAGUACGAGGUGGACCACUACGGUGCCUUCGGAGCGAAGAUGUUCCACUUCUGGAAGGCGUGUCACGAUGGGAUGAUGAUGAACAUCCACAACAGGGACAGGGAGAGGGGAGAGAGCAAGCUCAGGUUUGAGAGACAAAUCGUAGAUGUGUACAACAGGAAGGCAGCAGAGGAACAUGCCAGAUACAGGGUUGUACUGAAGCGCCUCAGAAACCAACACUCUGCUGCUCUCGCCCAAUGGAGAGCCAAUAAGAGAUUCUUUACAGGGGAACGUGGCCCUUGGACUGACAGACCACCCCUGGACCCUGCAGCUGACAAAAGGAGAGGUUCUAAACUGGGCUGGAACCCAAACACCAUGCAUUGGAAGCUGUGUCCUCUGGAGAACUUCUCCCGAAUGCGGCCCAAACUCAUGCCAAACUACAACUUUGACUGUCACACUGAAGCCAGCAUGCUCAGAGAUAACCAAGGUCUGUCAGUGUCCAGCCCAGGGAAGGACCCUCUACUGGCCGUGACUAAAGAGGCUCUGGUCCAGAUCAUGGAGGAGGACAAGCUGGGAGACGAUGACUGGAACGAACUCAGCACUAACAUAACCCAGCCCAGUGAGGCCUCUCAGAAGGAGAAGCAGAAACUACAGGCAGAGUGCAGCCUGGUGACCAUCAUGAAUGUUCUGGAGGGGAGACUAGAGAUCACCAACUCACAUGUUUACUUCUAUGACUGCAGCCCCAACAAGGAGGAAGGAUUAGGACAGGACUUUAAGUGGUCGGUGUCUCAGCUCCGAGAAGUGCAUCUGAGGAGAUACAACCUGAGGAGGUCAGCUAUCGAGCUGUUCCUAGUGGACCAAACCAACUACUUCUUAAACUUUGUAGACAACAAGCUGCGGAACAAAGUGUACAGCCGUAUCCUGAGUUUACGUCCUCCCAACCUGCGGUACUACGGCUCCAGAUCACCUGCAGACCUGCUGAGAGCCUCCGGACUGGUGCAGAAAUGGGUUCAGCGGGAGAUGUCCAACUUUGACUACCUGAUGCAGCUGAACACCAUCGCAGGCCGCACGUACAAUGACUUGAGCCAGUAUCCCGUGUUUCCCUGGGUCCUGUGUGACUACACCUGUGAAACCCUCGACUUUGACGACCCCAAGGUCUUCCGCGACCUUUCCAAGCCCAUCGGGGUCAUCAACCCGAAGAAUGAGAGAGAGGUGCGGGAGAAGUAUGAGAAUUUUGAGGACCCGUCGGGCACCAUCGCGAAGUUUCACUACGGAACGCACUACUCUAACGCUGCAGGGGUGAUGCAUUAUUUACUGAGAAUGGAGCCCUUCACUACACUACAUAUCCAGCUACAGAGUGGAAGGUUUGACUGUGCUGACAGACAGUUCCACUCCAUCCCCUCCACCUGGCAGUCAUUAAUGGACAGUCCCAAUGACGUCAAGGAGGUCAUUCCUGAGUUCUUCUACCUUCCAGAGUUCCUGGAAAACAGCAAUGGGUUUAAUCUAGGGAAACUGCAGGGAUGUAAGACAGCAGUAAACAACGUUCUCCUCCCCAAGUGGGCCGACUCUCCUGAAGACUUCAUCAUCAAGCACAGGAAGGCACUGGAGUCGGAGCAUGUGUCUGCCCACCUCCAUGAGUGGAUUGACCUGAUCUUUGGGUACAAACAGAAGGGACCAGCUGCAGAGGAGGCUCUGAAUGUGUUCUACUACUGCACAUACGAAGGAGCUGUAGACUUAGAUGCCAUCACCAACCCUACAGAGAGGGCAGCUGUGGAGGGCAUGAUCAACAACUUUGGACAAACACCAUGUCAGCUAUUGAAGGAACCCCAUCCCAGGAGGAUGACAUUUCAGGAAGCUGAGAAGCACAAAGCCUCCAAGUCUCAACACCUGACACUUAACGUCUUCGACUACCUCUCACAACUCAAGGCAUUCUUUGUGGAGGUAUCCAAUGACAACGACCCCCUUGUACACAUCUCGGUCCCCAGAAGUCAGGCCAGGUCCUUUAUACACCACGGCAUGCCAGACGCCAUGGUGACCAUUUCAGAACGAGGAGUUGUUGGUAUCCAUGGCUGGCUGCCUUACGACAAAAACAUCUCCAACUACUUCACGUUUGAAAAGGACCCAACGAUUUCUCACAGAAGUAGAAGAUGCACAGCAGGACCUUUCUCACCGGGCCACCCUAUAACCUCUGACCUCUUCGUGGUAUCCCAUGAUGCCAAGCUGCUGUUCAGUGGAGGACACUGGGACAACAGUCUGAGGGUCAUGACCUUGGCCAAGAGCAAGUUCACAGCCAGAGUCACCAGACAUAACGAUAUUGUGACAUGCCUGGCCCUGGACAACUGUGGAAACCACCUGAUCUCCGGUUCCAGGGACACCACAUGUAUGAUAUGGCAGAUUAUGCACCAGAAUGGAGUGUCGCAGGGUAUAUCCGGGAAGCCCCUCCAUGUGCUGUACGGCCAUGAUGAUGAGGUGACAGCUGUUGGGAUCACUAUAGAACUGGACAUGGCUGUGUCAGCUUCUAAGGAUGGCACCUGUAACAUGUACACAGUUAGGAAGGGGCACUACAUGCGGACCCUGCGCCCCCCCUGUACCCACCCCUCCAGACUCACCCUGCCCAGACUCGCCCUGUCUGAGGAGGGCCACAUCGUCCUGUACGCCAAGGAACAGCUGGGCAGGGUCACCAAUGAGAGCACCCAUUCCAUGCACCUGUACUCCAUCAACGGGAAGUUACUGUCUUCUGAGAGUCUGUCAGACCCUCUGGUAGACAUGGCCACCUCCAUGGACUAUGUGGUGACAGGGGACCAGAAAGGAGUACUCACUGUUAGAGAGAUGUCCAGCCUGAGGAAGUUGACCAGCAUGCCCCUGCACAAGCAGAUCUCCUGCAUCUUCAUCACCCCCGGCAACAGCCACAUCAUGGCGGGGCUGGAGGACGGCAAGCUCAUCAUCAUCGGCGUGGCACGGCCGGCCGAGGUCCGACAAACCGCGGGGAUUCUCAAGAGCAUGAUCCAAACCCCAUCCAGUAUCAAAAUGUCAUAAUUGUGAAUUUGGAACCCAAAUUUUAACCCUUACACUACCACAAUCCAUUUACAUUAUAUAAAGCCUAGCAAAUUUUUGAGGGUUAACAAAUGUAAAAGAAAGAGAUACUCAAAAGUAUGAUCCAAACUCCUGCCAGUAUCAAAAUGUCCUACUAGUGAUUUUGGAACCCGAAUUUUAACCCUUACACUACCACAAUCCAUUUACAUUGUAUAAAGCCUAGCAAAUUUUUGAGGGUUAACAAAUGUAAAAGAAAGAGAUACCUAAAAGCAUGAUCCAAACUCCUGCCAUUUUCAAAAUGUCAUAAUUGUGAAUUUCGAACUCAAAUUUUAAGCCCUUCACUGCCACAAUCCAUUUGCAUGACAUUGUAGAAAGCCUAGGGACUUUUUAGUAAAGUAAAAGAAUGGGAUACUGAAAAGUAUGGCCCAAACUCCAGCCAGUAUCAAAAUGUCCUAACAGUGAAUUUGGAAUCCGAAUUUUAAGCCAUACACUACGACAAUCCAUUUAUAAAUCCUACAUGUACUUCCCUAACCACCUGUUGCUUUUCAAGGGUUAACAGAAGUAAAGGGAUACUGAAAAGCAUGAUCCAAACUCUAUCCAUCAAAAUGUAUUGCAAUGAAGUUACAACUAGAGCCAGUUUCCAAAACCUUAACCCUUCCACUACCACAAUCCAUUUAUAAAGUCUAGCUAGUUCCCUAAACAGCUGUGGGUGGGGAGGGGGGUCUUUGGGAGGGGUUAAGGGAAGUAACGAACAAAACAGUACUGCAGUUUUGUCAGGGUUUUCCCCUUAACCCAGCUGCCUAACCCUGUAACUGAUUGGUAGUCAAAUGGCUACCUCAGUAUGCUAAAGGUUAUUGACAUCCUUAUUGACAACAUUUACAUCUGUGUAUAGACUUAACCAUUAGCUUGCCAAGGGUGCCCUGAUGUACCAAAUUGGUGACGAUGCAUUGUAGAUUGAAAUGUGUAUGCCCAAAGGCAAAAAAAAUCAUUCAGGACUUAAGCUAUUAGCAUGACUUUGCAAUGGAAAUUUGUUCAUACAACACUAGCUUUUCCUAAAUGAAUGUAGGGAGAGCUUUUCUAGUGAAAUCCUACAUUUGGUGCCAUGAGGUGGAAUAUUUGCUCUUAAUUUUGCCUUUCUAAUUUGAAGGAAAAGUUCUGAAAGUGGAACUUAAAACAAUGUAUAUAAAGUUAUAAU